GAUCCCCCUUGGGAGAAAUUUGCAGGUAACACAGCAGUACAGAGGGAAGUAAGCAGCAGCACAAAUACUAAGUCUAAAAAAAAACUGAGACAAUAAUAAGUAGAUAUGGGAAAGCAUGACAUAACAAUUUGAAUAAACACAUCAUAAAAAUUAUUAGAAUAAAGACAAACAUACUAUAUACAGUGGCUGUCCUUGUGUGUACAUGACGUCUGCAAUAAUAAACGUGCCAGUGCAAAGGUGCAAUGUGCAGGGUUCCUGAGAUAGUAAAUAACAACAGAGCAAAAAACAGUCAGUCUUCAAGUGAUAGUGGAGUGUAUGGUUGAGUCCUUUACCAGUGGAGAAAGGACGCGUUGUGAGCUGUGGUGGUGGUGUUGUGUAGUCUGAUCGCGGAUGGUGUGAACAAGCCAAAAUUAAAAAAAAAAUUGCUCCUGUUUAUUCAGUUCAUUAGCUUAAUCUUAAAUGUGCCACUGAAAGAAAAUGGAAGAGAGGAAUCAUUUUACUUCUCAUUCUUAUAUUUUCAUCUAUUAUGAUAAUUCCACAUGGCCACUAGUUGGUAGCCUUGCCCCUUUUAUUGUAUUCAGAGGCAGAGGUUUGUGAUUACUACACAUCAGCCCCAUCUGUGAAGUUAAUCUCAUAUCCUCAUUGGAACAGAUUGGAGGAGAGUAAAAAUCCAUAGGGUGUAAAUUACCAUCUGACAUACAACGCUUUCUUCAGCCAAAUGAGGCGAUUCCUCUUGCAUUAGCCAUCAGGUGAUUUAUUUUCUUAACGUGCAACUCUGCGUCGAACAAUCUGCAAGUUAUUAUAUCACAUCUGUUCAUAACAAAGACAACCUUUACAGAGUUGUAGUGUGUAAAUACAGGAAGACACACCACUCCCGUGUGUGUUGUGUGUGUGGAGGGUAAGAGGGAGGAGAGGGGGGCAGGUACCAGACUCUGAGCCCCUCCUCCGCGGAGCCACGGUGCGCCUCUGUUCCAAUGGAAACAGGUGGGGUCCCCGGACUCGUCCAAUCACACCCUCCCUCCGUGCCGAGAGGGGGAGAGUCCAGGGCAGGAGGCAGGACCCAACCAACUUCCACACUCACCACGGGAAAAGUCGGGAAACACAUCUGGCACCGCAUGUCGCUGUUCCUGGUGGCCUACGUGUGUUUUUAAAGCCGUUAACGUGAUUUUUUUUUUUUUUUCGCUCACCGGAUCGCCGGUGGAGUAGUUGCCGCCACUUGGCCGCUGUUGAGGGCGGUGUAGGAACACUGCAAUGCCAGGACGCUUCGCUGUGAUGGAGAACAUGUACUAAACCGGAUUUGGGAUUGUUUCUUCUUGGAUUACUUUGCCUGUUCAACUGACCUGUUUCGUUUUCCCGUUGAUAUUCUUCUCUGGCAGUGCGGAGUAGUAGUCACGCACUGAAAAUGCCUGGAAAAACCAAAUACAACCUCGUUGAUGAUGGGCACGAUUUGAGGAUCCCGUUGCACAACGAGGAAGCGUUCCAGCAUGGGAUCAACUUCGAGGCAAAGUACAUCGGCAGCCUGGAUGUCGCGCGGCCGAGCAGCCGAGUGGAGAUUGUGGCUGCGAUGAGGAGAAUACGGUAUGAGUUCAAGGUGAAAAACAUCAAGAAGAAAAAAGUCAACAUCGUGGUGUCUGUGGACGGCGUGAAAGUCAACUUGAGGAAAAAGAAAAAAAAGAAGGAGUGGACGUGGGAUGAGAGCAAGAUGAUGGUCAUGCAGGAUCCCAUCUACAGGAUAUUCUAUGUGUCUCACGACUCCCAGGAUCUGAAGAUUUUCAGCUACAUCGCCAGAGACGGACAGAGUAAUGUCUUCCGCUGCAAUGUCUUUAAGUCCAAGAAGAAGAGCCAGGCCAUGCGUAUUGUUCGGACCGUCGGCCAGGCGUUCGAAGUGUGUCACAAACUGAGUCUGCAGCACACACAGCAGAAUGCAGACGGACAGGAGGACUGCCACAGCGAGAAGAACGGCAAUGAAUCCUCCGUCGCAGGCGUGCGUGCUUAUCCACCUGUAUGUGUGUGUACUUUCCUCGGCUCAGCUCGGGAGCUAACUGGCGCUGAGAAGACGGCGUCUGUCACCGAGGAGACAGAUAUAGAUGCGGAGGAGGCGAGCCAGGUGCCGGCAGCAGAGGAGUCUAACCUCAACAGAGGAGUGACUGAUCUGGACGCCACUGCCAAGACAGCUGAGCAGAACCACUCCGAGAGCAAGCCUUCAGAGGAGGCCUCUCUGAUGAUGUCCAGUCCCAGGAUGCUGCUCCCUGCAUCAGCCACGCUGCCACAGAGUGCUCCCCUGUCCAUCCACCACCAGAUCCAGCUGCUUCAACAGCAGCUCCAGCAGCAGCAGCAGCAGACACAAGUGGCUGUAGCACAGGUCCACCUGUUGAAGGACCAGCUGAGCGCGGAGGCCACGGCUCGGCUGGAGGCCCAGGCUCGGGUCCACCAGCUGCUGCUGCAGAACAAAGACCUGCUGCAGCACAUCUCGCUGCUGGUUAAACAGAUCCAGGAGCUGGAGACCAAGAUGUCUGGACCAAACUGCAUGGGAUCUCAGGACAGUUUGUUGGAGAUCACCUUCCGGUCUACGAUACCUUCAGUGAUGUGCGACCCCACAACGCCAAAACCCGAGGUGUCUGCCAUCAACCUGCCCGCGCUGACCUCUGACGGGACCAGUAAUGCCUUCUCAUCCUCCAACGGGACUCUGGGAAGCCCCCUAGUUGAUCAGAGUAUGUUUGAGAACUCCAUUGCCCAGCAGCAGAGUCCUCAGACCUCCAGGCCGGGCCAGACCUCGGCCCGACGCUCCACAGCAUCAGCUAAUCCUAACCUGGGCUCCAGCUCCGUCGACUCUCCAUCCUCCGGAGGCCAGCAGAGGCUUAAAAAUGCAAUUAAUCUGGGCAAAGCUGUCGGCGCAAAGGUCAAUGACUUGCUGAGAAGAAAGGAGUCCAGCCACCUCGGGGACAUCGGGGUCACUGAAGUCAACAAGAACGUUGGUGCCGUGUGGAGCUGUAUGGACCAACUGAACCAGACCACUGCAAACAGUCACAUCUCCUCCUUCGACGCCUUCCCCCGGCUCGACCCGCCACCUCCAUCGGGGAAGAAGCGCCUCCCUCGGGCCCUGAAGACCACGCAGGACAUGAUGAUCUCCUCCGACCCCGUGGUCUCCUCUCCGGACGCGGCUGACUCUCCCUCCUUCCUCGCCUCUCCUGAAAAGUCGCCCCUCAUCGCCAAGGAGGAGCUGAGGAGCAGCGAGGAGCAGCAGCAGGGAGAGAAGGAGGAAGAAGAGACCACAUCGCCACCGGAGCCGGCAGAGGAGAAAGUCGUCCCCGACUGGGAGACGACGGGAAGCAACGGCAAAGUUGAUGGAGUGAUAGAUGGAGAGGAGGAUGGCGUGGAAAACGAGGGCAGUGAAGGAGGCGAGGAGGAGCAUCAGCGCAAGCUCCAGCUCUCUGUACCCGACCUCAUCAACAAGGAUCCGCCACAGCCGGAGCCCAGAGCGAAGCCCUGUGACGUCUGGCAGAAGGCGUCAGAGCCGGACGCCCGGCUCGCCUCCACCCCACGCUCGGGGAAAACUCCCUGCCGCAUCAGCCUGGGCGAGGAGGUGCUGCUGGGGAACGGCACCCCCUGCAGUAAAGGCAGCGAAGUGAGUCCUGAGGACUGUGAGCCACAUCCGGACCUGCUAUCGUUUGAGUAAGGAGCUGAGUCUGAGUCAGACGUCAGCAUGUCUCAAAAGUUUGGAAUCCUUUCUUUUCUUGAUUUUGAGGUAAUUGAAACAGACUGCAGAUCAAAUAUUCACUGCCACUUUGAAUUAUAUAACUGGCCGUGCUGCUGGGUUUGCUCGAGGAAAAGUGAACCGGUGGCUCCAGGAAACACAGCAGGUGCCGGAUCUCAUGCUUUUUAACUUUUUAUCAGCCUUUUAAGAUGAGUUUGAAGGUCCCGGCCCUCCAGCGCGGUUCAUCUAAUGCCCUCCUGAUGAUAUGAACACUAAGCUGACCGAGCAUCACAUGAUGGAUUGGUAGAGUGGGUUGGAGGUGAGGGUUUAUUAUGGUGCAGAGAGAAUUAAGAUUUUAUCAUUUCAUCUAUUAAUGAUUCUAAUUUGAUCAUGUUUUAGCUCACACAACAUGUCACAUCUGCUUUAGAAAUGCAUAGUAUCAGAUCAUGUAAUACUGAAUGUAAUUAAUGUGAAAUAAUAUCCCUUUAAUUGGGCUGAAAGUGUUAAAUCUUGUUAAUGAAAUACUUGCAAGUGUAAAAAUAACUAAAUGGUGGUAUUUUUUUUUUCCUGGAAAAGAAAAACAUGAUUAUUUUACAUCCGGGUUGUUCUAUUGAUCCUCAGUGUUAUGACAUUAUCAGGAGCCCUUUUUGACAUUUGCCCUUCGUGGCAUUUUUAAAGGGACACUUGUUUCAUGAUGGUCACACUGUUAAGUUCACCUGAUACAAAAGCUGCUAUUACAAACUCCAAGCGCGUUUGAGCAGAUGUGCCAUCAGUGUAUUCAUUUCUCCUGCACUGAGCUGUAUGCAGACUGAACAGGCGAUGAGGGAAGAGAGAGAACGUGGCUGAACGAACGUGGACGUGUUACGGAUGGAAAGGUUUAGGGGAGAAUUUACUUUCAGUGCAGUCGGUACAAAACGUCAAACAGUGAAUUCUGUCAGAGUUUUAACAGGACUCGAAGCCUUUUACACCUCAGCUGAAGAAUUUCUGACCCUUUUUGGUCCAGUAGGAGGUUUAGAGGUUGCCUUUGUGAACUGGCUGAACUGAAAACGAAUUCUUCGGGACGGAUGGAAGGAUGGGUGGGCAGACGGGGGGGGCUGGCUGGCUGAAAACUUGUUUUUGAGCAAAAGAGAUGUGAGAUAAUGAGCUGUCAACAGAAAGAGAUGAAAGGGGUGUAUUUUAUUCGAGCACAUCGUUAAGUGACGGACCAAAGAUGCAAAUUAGCAGCUCAGUCAGACAGGUCGUUACUGUCGCUCUCAAAGUUCAUCUCCACUGGGUUUUUUUAGAUUUUAGUGAGCUGUCUGAGUUAAAGAGAAGCAAGAAAAUGUGUUUUUUUUCUCCUUUAUUUUCACUUCAUCUGUUAAUGGAAAAGUGAAAACCAAAGUCAAAGUUGUUAAAACACUUACAUCCCUGUUUUAAGUCUUGUGACUGAGACAGAGGCUGAGUCAGCUGUGUUCAGCUGGUUAAAGGUGAGACACCAGAAAAUAUCCUGUCGGUGGAUUAAAGUCAGUCUGCUUCACCCUCAUCUGUGUGUCGCUGGCGGAGGAGAAAGGUCAACAGAGUGGAAUCUUCAUUUCUAACACUAUUUUCUUAGCUGCAGUUCUGUAAAUCUGUGGAGCAACAGUUCAUCCCAAACUGAAGAUGGUCUCAUCAGUAUCUACUCACCAACAAGCACAGGAAAUAUUGUUUGUAGCUUCAGAGGAUUCUUAUAAACCCCUGCCACACAGGCAGACUUGUGCCUUACCUUCAGACAGGAUGAGCGCUAACGUGUUUAGAUUAGCAGCUAUAGUCUUAGAAAAGGGCGUAAAUGAAGUCUUUUCAAAUCAAUUUUCGAUUCCUGGGACUUGGAUUCAUCCAACUGAGGUUAUUUUACAUUUUAAAAUAAGUCCUGAGCUGCCAUCUUUCUCUUUUCUCUUCUUUCUCUGACUUUCCAUCAUCUUGGGAUGAGGAGAUAAAGACUGAAUUGUGAUUUUUAGAAGAAGUCAUAAAAAUACUAAAAUAAUUUGAAAACCAGCUUUCCAGGCGCUUCUGUAUACUUUAGUGCAAUUAGAAAUAACACAAAAACACAACUGAAAUAUCAAAAUUGCAUAAAACAUCACAUUAUAUCAAAAAUAGAACUUUUAUAACAUUUCAGUCAUAUUUUCAUAGUUAGAGCUUCUGGCUGCUUCAGCAGAUUUAUUUUCACUUGAGUUUUCUACUUUUGUCCCUUGAUUUUAAAGGGUCAGUUCGCCCAAGUGUCAAAACAUUGUCUUCUAGGUUAUCUAGCUAAGCAUAUUGUUUUUGUUGUGGAAAUGCUAACAUCUCCCACGCCAUCACAGACAAGAUGAAAACAAAACUGACAUUCAACAAACUUCACAACUUCAUGUGUUUCCACAAACAUGUCCACGGUGUUCUUUAUAAUCUACAGACCUGACUGCAAACUGCUUUUAUUAAGACCUUUAGGAUGACAAUUAAAAAAAAGAAAUAAAAAUAUUGAAAACUGUCCUCAGGAAUCUAAUUGUGAAGAUUAUUUUUUUGUAAUUUGGUUUGAGUCAUGUGGAACAUCAGCUGUUUUAUUACAGCUCUAAACUAGAUGGGGAUAGUCCAGGACACUCAUUAGAUGUAAGACAGUCGGAGACAAAGCUUCCUUUCUCCGGCAGAGUCCAGCUCCACAUUCCUUUCAUUCUGCCGGGCACGACCUGACCGCAGCUACAGCUGUGGCUCUGUGUUCGUCCCAGUGUCUUCUGGGAAUUCUGUGCUCUUUUUUGAGGUUCAGGAAAUCCAACAAGAGCACAGUGGUCACUGAGAGAGGCCACUUCAGAACCUCACUGAAAAAUGGUCGUUUUUUUUUUUUUUUUAGGGUCAGGACCCGGGAUCUGUACCCAGCAUCUGUGUGGAGAGGGAAUCUUAAAGGAUAAGUUCACUCAAAAAUUUAAAUGCGGUUAUUAGUUGGGGAAGUUUGGUAGUACACAAAAUGAAAUAUGAAAUCUGUUCUCAUGAUGUUAAAAAAAAAAAAUUGUUGCUUCUUGUCGUCUGUCUGGCUUCACAGCGACACUGAGAUUCGUCUUUAGGAUUGAUUUGAGAUAAACCUGAACUGAACAAAACCAAACACAUGAUGAGACUGACGAAAGCUGCUUUUCUUCAGUCAGAAGGUGAAAGCAAUAAGUCUGAAAUGUCUUGCUUCUAUUCUUUGAGAAAAAUCCUGACUGUUAAGAAAAGAUUGAUUUUUUUUUUUUUUUUUUUUUUUAAUCGAUCCGGUUAUUGUUCAUCCUUUAGAACCUCUGAAGCAGUUUGGUAUUGUAUUUUCUGAUGAAGGAACAUACAUGUAGAUUUUUAUGGAAAUAUUCUUUGCUUCAACAAAUGUCUGUGAAUAUGCACAUUGAUUCUUGCUCUGACAAAUGAAGGAAUGUGAUUGAUUUUGAUGUUCAGCGAUAGAAUCUAGUUACAACAAUCUGUGUCAUGUAGCUGCCUCAGAAUUUGACAAAAGAAGAAAUGAUCCUUCUUUGUGUUUGGUGAACAUCGUUUUUCGUUUUGUCUUUGUGAAGCCAGUCAACAUUAUUCCAGUGAUGAUGAUGAAUGAAGGAAGCUAAACGCUGCUCGUUUUUAAAUGGACUGCUGAAGCAGACGUGGGACUCACUACUUUUUAUUGAUUAUAGCUGAAAGCUUUUGCAAAUGAAAUGAGUUCUUUAAUGUUUUUUAUGUAUGGAAAAUAUGCUACAAAAAAUCCAAAUCAGUGAUUUGACUUUUAUUUUUUUUUUGUUUUGCUAAUGUAUCUUUUUCAAAGUGGGGAUGUAAUAAUGAUUGUAAUCUUUUUAAAAACUCUGGAAAUAGACCUAAUCAUGACCGUC